CGACGCAUAAAGGGAUGAUGAUUCGGACUAGUUGUUCUGGUGAUCAGUGAUAUCGACACAUUGUACGUGUCCAUAAGUAAUAGGUAGGCCUACAGUUUAUUGUUGUAUACGUUGCCAAAUACGAUUAAGCGGUAAAGGAACUGGGCAAUCGCCUGACUGGGAAAUAUUUUUCUGACUUUCUGGAACUUCUUUGGAUUCUACAGAUUCAACCAACACGGCUUGAGGAUAUGUACGCCUCGGAGAACGGACUGGUAUUUUACCUAGGGAUUCUGGCGAUUCUAAUGUCAUGUGAAGCCCGAGGCCCUCCGUGGGUGAGUCGGCAGGUGGAGGAGAGGCAGACGGCGCGGCUGGGCCGAACGGUGCGUCUCCCGUGCCCCGUGGAGGGAGACCCCCCGCCCCUCAUCCUCUGGGUGAAGGACGGCCGCAACGUGAACCAGGGCUACAGCCGCUACCGGGUGCUGAAGCAGAGCCUGAAGAUCAAGGAGGUGGAGAUGGAGGACGCCGGCGUCUACAUCUGCCGCGUCACCAACGGCUUCGGCAGCAUCGCCCUCAACUUCACACUGAUCGUCAUCGAUGACGCUGCCGUGACACAGAACAAGCCGCCUCCUGUGGAGGAGCCCAACGCUGAAAACAUCCUGCAGGACCCAACAGGACAGCCGUGGGUGAAGCCUCGCUUCAGCCAGCCCAUGAAGAUGCGCCGGCGGGUCCUGGAGCAGCCGGUGGGCAGCUCGGUGCGCCUCAAGUGCCUGGCGAACGGCAACCCUCCGCCCGCCAUCAGCUGGUGGAAGGACCACACGCGCAUCGACCCCCCGCGCCAAGGCAAGCGGCCGCAGUGGACCCUCACCUUGAAGAACCUCCAGCCACAGGACAGCGGCAAGUACACCUGCCACGUCUCCAACACCGCCGGACACAUCAACGCCACGUACAAAGUUGACGUCAUUGAGCGAACCAACUCCAAGCCCAUUCUCACGGGGACCCAUCCGGUCAACACCACGGUGUCGUUCGGAGGCACCGCGUCCUUCCAGUGUAAAGUGCACAGCGACGUCAAGCCCGUCAUCCAGUGGCUGAAGCGGGUGGACCCGGGGACGGAGGGUCGCUACAACUCCACGCUGGAGGUCGGAGGUCAGCACUUUGUGGUGCUGCCCACGGGGGACGUGUGGUCGCGUCCCGAUGGCUCCUACCUCAACAAGCUGGCCAUCAUCAAGGCCAGAGAGGAGGACGCGGGGAUGUAUAUCUGCCUAGGGGCCAACACCAUGGGAUACAGCUUCCGCAGUGCCUACCUUACUGUGCAGCCAGACCCGAAGGUGGAGAAGACCACCACCCCUGCGCUCCUCAGUUCCUCCGGCCUCCCCUGGCCCCUCAUCAUCGGCAUCCCCGCCAUGGCACUCCUCAUUGUGGGCGCCAUAGUGCUGUGGUUGUGCCACAGUCGCCGGCGGCAGGGCAGCUUGCCCCCGCGCGUGAUGGGGAGCCGGGGGGAGCACCACCACUCGGUGGACAAGGACCUGGUGGUGCCCCCUAGCACCAUCACCACCCCCGACUUCCCCAGCCAGAGACUCAUGGGCAUGGUGGCCCCCGCGCUAAACGGAAACGGGCCGCCAAAGAUCUACUCCAAGGUCUACACGGACACGCACACUCACACCCACACGCACUCCCAUGCCCACGUGGAUGGCAAGGUGCACCAGCAUUUCCACUACCAGUGCUGAGGAGAGGAGGUGAGAGGAGUGGAGUGGAGCGGAGCGCCACUGUUCCUUUGUUUGCCAGUUCGUGUCUUUCAAGACCCUCUCAAGAUGAUGCUGCUGCUCACACUCUGUCAUACUUAGGAGUGUUGAGCCCCUACCCCUUUACAUAGACACACACACACACACACAGGCACACAGGCACGCACACACACACACACACACACACACACGCACACACACACACGCACACACACAAACACACAUGGACUACGGCUGUGCUCCAGGACUGAAGUGGACUCCUAAGAGGUUCAGUUCUCUAUGACUAGUAGUGACUAGUGACUUGUGGCGGUGGUGAUGGCCAUAGCGAUCUCAUUGAGAUUGCACUUGUGUACGAAGUGCAGGUAUCAGCUUUGGUGGAAUACACGUGUCUACCCCCCAGUAUGACUUAAAGGCUCAGGGCUGGAAUUCAGUUUUAUUUGUUCUCUAAUCUGUCUCGUUUGUAUUCGCCUGGCUUUUUUGUUUUACUCAUUUUCAUGUUUUUGUUUUCAAUUCAAUUGAACCAAUAUACCCAAAAGAAGAAGAAAAAAUAGUCAUAUGCAUAUCUGAAAAGACAACUUAUUUUUUACCAACGCUCAAGUUAUCCCCAUAUGACUCGUCUUGAAACAUUCGUCAAUUAUUUGACUGUGAGAAAAAUGCUAAGUGUGCCAGCGAUACUGUUUACAGACUUUUUCCUACGUUUUUAUUCUUGCGCAGUAGCUAACAAAAACUGUGGUUUAUAUUUUCAUGGAAAAUACUGAAAAUAGCUGUUCUUUUGUUGUGAAUAAGUUUAGCAAGAUAUUUUGGAAGCUGGUCGGCGAAAUGUGACAUAAUGAAUGGAUUACGGUAGGUAUCUUGAUAUAGACGUGUUAUAUUUGUAUGGAAAGAUAUAUAUUAUAUAUAUAAAAAAAACUUGUAUAUAUUCAACUGUAAGGCAGUAUUACUUAUUUACUCGCUGUGUGUCAAAAAAGAGAUAUUUCAAACUUAAAGUUGAGCACAAAGCCAAAAAGAAAAAGAAAAACCAAGAUGCUGGAUAUGUUUGGUACUGUUCUAAUACGUUGGAGUACAUUUGGGACUUUUCAGUGUUGUGCUGCAUGUGUUCACUCAACACAGUUUAAUUGCAGUUAACAGCAGUUUUGCAUUAUUUGCGUUGUAUUGUAUGUCCACUCUCCCCGUGGGUUUGGUUUAGCUCCCAGACUUGUCUGCUAUGUUCCACAUGCUCAUGCACAUACUGUAUGUACGGUUCUUUCAAGAAAAUAUUGCAUGCUGCAAUUUAUCCUGGUGCUCAUUUACAUGUUCUAUAAUAAUAUUUUUGUAAUAAAAGAACAAGU